GUGGGGCGCGCGCGUUCGCCGCUCAUGCUCGCUGCUGCCGCGGCCGCGCGCGUCCUGCCUGUCGUCGAUGUCUCGGGAGCGCCCGCGCGUGCAUCACGGACAGUCGACGCGAGCGUCCUCUUCAUCAUCAUCAUCAUCGUCGUCGUCGCGAGGUCAUCCGGACAGCAACGAGAAGCCGAGCUGCAAAGGGAAAAAGCUGCGCGUGCGUGUGGGCGCGCGUGCGCGCGAUCGAGGUGCGUCGUCGGAAUCAACAGGACGACAGAAAGGGAGAAGAAAACAAACAAACAAACAAACAAAAAACAACACAGUCAACGUGUCAACAACGGAGCGUCCCUCCGUGAAAAGCGGACCACACCGGACCGGACCGCACCGGACCGGACCGGACCGAGGCAGACACCCAACCCGCGGCCGACGGACGCGCCAAGGAGACCGGAAGCAGCUGUGCUCAUCAAUCGGCGGCUGCUUUUAUUGUGAAAAACAAGCGUUUCGCACAUGGAGGUGCGCGCGUCCCUGCUGCUGCUGGCGCUGCACUGCGGCGCGGUGGCGCUGUGCGGCUGCGAGCCGCGCGUGCUCAACGUGGGCGCCGUGUUGAGCCAGAAGCGCUACGAGCAGGUGUUCCGCGACGCCGUGGCGCACGCCAACGCCGUCUACGGGCGCGACCGCUUCAAGAUGAACGCCAUCGCCGUCACGCACAAGCCCAACGCCAUCCAGAUGGCGCUGUCCGUCUGCGAGGACCUCAUCUCCAACCAGGUGUACGCCAUCUUGGUGAGCCACCCGCCUCAGUCCAACGACCACCUGACGCCGACGCCCGUGUCCUACACGGCCGGAUUCUACCGCAUCCCCGUCGUGGGCCUCACCACGCGCAUGUCCAUCUACUCCGACAAGAGCAUCCACCUGUCGUUCCUGCGCACGGUUCCGCCGUACUCGCACCAGGCGAGCGUUUGGUUCGACCUGAUGCGAGAGUUCCGCUGGAACCACAUCAUCCUCAUCGUCAGCGACGACCACGAAGGGCGAGCCGCGCAGAAAAGACUCGAAACGCUACUCGAGGAGAAGGAGACCAAGACUAAAAUCAGGAACUAUGAAAACGUGGACCAACACGGCUUUGACUUCCGGAGAACGCCUAAGGCCGAGAAGGUUCUGCUGUUCGGCUCCGACACCAACCUGACCGCCUUGCUCAUGGAUGCCAAAGACCUGGAGGCCCGCGUCAUCAUCCUCUCUGCCAGCGAGGACGAGGCGACGGGCGUCUACAAAGCGGCCCGUCGUCUCAACAUGACCGGUUCUGGUUACGUCUGGAUCGUCGGAGAGAGAGAAAUGACCGGAAAAGCUUUGAGCGAAGCGCCGGACGGCCUGCUGGGUCUGCAAUUGAUUAACGGUAAGAACGAGUCGGCGCACAUCAUGGACGCCGUGGGAGUGGUGGCGCAGUCCCUGCAGGAGCUUCUGGACAAAGAGAACAUCACGGAACCGCCGCGCGGGUGCGUGGGCAACACCAACAUCUGGAGGACGGGGCCCCUCUUCAAAAGGGUGCUGAUGUCAUCGAAGUACGCCGAGGGCCUGACGGGUCGCAUCGAGUUCAACGACGACGGCGACCGGCGCUUCGCCACUUACAACAUCCUCAACUAUCAGCAGAAGCCCGGAAGACUCGUACAGGUCGGAAUCUUCAACGGAUCGCAGGUGCUGAUGAACCCCCAGAGGAAGAUCAUCUGGCCCGGCGGGGAGACGGAAAAGCCCGUCGGCUAUCAGAUGUCGACCAAACUUAAGAUCGUGACCAUCCACCAGGAGCCGUUCGUGUACGUGAAGCCCACCAAGACGGACGGAACGUGUAAGGAGGAAUACACCGUCAACGGAGUCCUCAUCAAGAAGGUCAUCUGCACCGGUCCCAACGGAACCGUCCCAGGUCAGCCGACGGUUCCUCAGUGUUGUUACGGCUUCUGCAUCGACCUCCUGAUCAAGUUGGCCAUGAGCAUGAACUUCACGUACGAGGUUCACCUGGUGGCCGACGGCAAGUUCGGAACGCAAGAGAGAGUGAACAACAGCAACAAGAAGGAGUGGAACGGCAUGAUGGGCGAGCUGCUGGGCGGCCUGGCCGACAUGAUCGUGGCGCCCCUCACCAUCAACAACGAGCGCGCUCAGUACAUCGAGUUCUCCAAGCCUUUCAAGUACCAGGGCCUCACCAUCCUCGUCAAAAAGGAAAUCCCUCGCAGUACGCUGGACUCCUUCAUGCAACCUUUCCAGAGCACCUUGUGGCUCCUCGUCGGCCUGUCGGUGCACGUGGUGGCAGUGAUGCUCUACCUAUUAGACCGAUUCAGCCCCUUCGGAAGGUUCAAAGUGAACAGCGAAGAAGAAGAAGAAGACGCCCUCACCUUGUCCUCGGCCAUGUGGUUCUCCUGGGGAGUUCUGCUCAAUUCCGGGAUCGGAGAAGGGGCCCCGAGGAGUUUCUCGGCGAGGAUUCUGGGAAUGGUGUGGGCGGGCUUCGCCAUGAUCAUCGUGGCGUCGUACACGGCCAACCUGGCCGCCUUCCUGGUGCUGGAUCGGCCUGAGGAGCGCAUCACUGGCAUCAACGACCCCAGGCUGCGUAACCCGUCGGACAAGUUCAUCUACGCGACGGUGAAGCAGAGUUCAGUGGACAUUUACUUCCGGCGUCAAGUGGAGCUGAGCACGAUGUAUCGGCACAUGGAGAAGCACAACUACGAGAGCGCCGCCGAGGCCAUUCAGGCCGUCCGAGACAACAAACUGCACGCCUUCAUCUGGGACAGCGCCGUGCUGGAGUUCGAGGCGUCGCAGAAAUGCGACCUGGUGACCACCGGGGAACUUUUCUUCCGCUCGGGAUUCGGCAUCGGCAUGCGGAAGGACAGCCCCUGGAAGCAGAACGUGUCGCUCGCCAUCCUCAGCGACAGGCCGACGAACGGAGCCGACAAACCGACAGAGGCGUCGUUCCUCCUGCUCCUCAGUUCUCACGAGAACGGCUUCAUGGAGGACCUGGACAAGACUUGGGUUCGCUACCAGGAGUGCGACUCCAGGAGCAACGCGCCCGCAACGCUGACCUUCGAAAACAUGGCAGGUGUGUUCAUGCUGGUGGCGGGCGGCAUCGUGGCGGGCAUCUUCCUCAUCUUCAUCGAGAUUGCCUACAAGCGCCACAAGGACGCCCGCAGGAAGCAGAUGCAGCUGGCGUUCGCCGCCGUCAACGUCUGGAGGAAGAACCUACAGCCGUACCCGACCGACAUCACCGGACAGAUCAACCUAUCGGAUCCCUCCGUCAGCACCGUGGUCUGAACGCUCGGGCCACGCCCGCCGGCUGCCCGCGCACGAAACACCGACAUCUGAACACACGCGUGCGUACACAACACACCGAGUGUUGAUUUUAUUUUCAAAAGUGUUUUAGUGUUUCCUGAUCAUUUAUCAGGUGGGCGGAGCCAGUGGAACAGGAAGUGGCUUCCGUUCACUCACUUAAAUUGCAAUGAUAAAACCAUAUUUGUUUGUCGGUUACAGUGGGAAGGGUAUGAAACAGGAAGUGACCUCAGCAGGAUAUUUGUUCAUAUUUUCUAUUGCGCAAUACAGCAAACGGUCAACACCGCUGGUUAGCUUUAGCAAGUUAGCUUCAGUGUCGCAGCUAUAGAUCUUAAUGCCCCGCCCACAAAGCUCCACAGGUUCCGCCCCCCGACGCUCCCACGGCACGCUGGGAUCGAUGAUGUCAUCAGACCUAUAUUAUGAUGUCACUCUGUCUACCUCCACCGGCCAAUCGACACGCAGCACGCUAGCUAACUAGUCAAACGCUUCACAACACUUGUUGGUUUUAGCAGCUUCACACAUUUGUUGUUAGCAUUGAGGAAGUUAGCCACAUGUAGCAUUUUCAGUUAGCAGCUAAUGUUAGCAUGUUUAGCUGGUUUUAUGUGACAGAGACCUGCGACAUCUCAUGCAAACGUCACCACUUGUUCACUGACCACUUGCUCAUGCGAACUCAGCAUUUUAUAGCCAACUCUACAUGUGUGUAUUUGGCUAUUGCUAAUAGACGCUAAUUCAGCCAGUGCACAAACGUCAACAGACUUUUUAUCAGUAAUGUGUGAAUGAAAUAUUGAUUUACGCUAAUUGUGCUAAUUUAGCUUUUCAACUUGAAUCAGUGAUGUCAUCAAAUGUUUUAAAAUGGGUGUCAGUCAUUUGAGUUCAGAGGCCACAUUCCCCCUGAUUUGAUCUUAAGUGGGUCGAGCCACUAUGUUCGUGGCCUAAAAAGCUAUAAAUAAGAAAAAAUCCAUUUUGUUUCCCAUUGUUUCAGUGCAAAUAAUAAUUUGUCAUGUUGCAAAAGCCAAUUUCAGAAUGUCAUUUAAGUGGGAAGUGCUCAUUUAAGAGGUCGUCAGUGCGACCUCCAGAGACAAAAUUAGCAAUGUUACUUUUAUUGAGCAAUAGCAGUGAAUGUGUUCUCUAUCCCCGCAGUCGGAUUGGACCCCCCCGACGUGCCAGUUGUGGCCCGCGGGCCGUACGUUUAACACCGGUUUGUAGCUGUUUACUCAGAGACGACGACGAUGUUUUACGCUCUUUUCUCUGCCACGUGUAGCAUUUCCAGUUAGCAGCUCUUGUUAGCACGUGUAGCUCGUCGGGUGCGCGUACAUCGACGGAGAUCCUGCGACGUAUCAUAUGAACUUCACCGCUUGUUAGCCAAACACUUGCUAAUGCUAAGUGAGCAUUUAUUAGUGUGUGUUUGAUGCUAAUCCAGCCAAUGCACUUUUGUUAACUUUUAAUCUGUCGUUCGGUUAAAAGAUGGACUUUUCUCUGACGCUAAUUGUGCUAAUUUAGCAUUUUGCUAACUUCUAGUGAUGUCAUAGGGUUAUUUUUGUUUUUGUCAUAGUUUUUUGUUGUUGUCAUUUUUAAGGCAAGACGAUGUUUUUUAUUGUUUACAAGAUGUUUACAUCGAUUUUACGCUUGGUCAAAUAAAACCUUUUUUAAAAUUUUUUUCAUUUUCCGACUAAGCUAACACGAAACUUUCUCCUUAUGCUAGCUCAACCGAUUAAUCAGACUUUUAUUGUGAAAGCCACUCUAGUUACACACGACUUAGCGGUCGCCUCUACUUGUACUUGUAAAAACGCUCCGAUAGUACAACAUCCGAUACCAGCCUGUCAUAUACAAUGGAAAACAUGUACUUAAUUUGAACAGUUGCACUUGAAAAAAAAAGUAAGUUUACCACAUUUUAAUGUUCAAAUGAAGUCAAUUCAAAGGAGUGCUUUUUCCGUGUGCGUACUGUACUAUUCCGUCCUGUCAGAGCGUGCCGUCUGCAGUUUAGCAGAAAGCAAACAGUUCUUUAAAAAAAAAAAAAAAAAAGUGUACUAGCUGUUUCUUGACUCCAGUUUACUGUAAAACGUAACACACAAUCAAGACAAUUACACACGUGUAUUUAACUAAGCACAUAAUCCUAUAAAUACACAACCUCAAUUUAGCUAGCUUAAUGCUAACAAUGCAAAAUGCCAUUGAUGGGCUGACAAAUAACAUCAAUGUCACUUUAAAAGAGCAGAUACAGAAAGAUGAUGCUUUCUCCACUGCAAAAACAAAAAAAGAUUUUCUUUGCGUUAUCUGCAUGUGCGACCACACUGCCCCCUGGAGGCCGAGGCGUACACAACACAUGCAACGUAGGACAGCAGAUCACGACCCAACUUUUUUGUAGGCCACUUUAAAAAACAACCGCGGCUUCACAACGAGCUGCACGUCAGAAAGGUCCAACAUAAAACAUCAAACAGAAGAAAUAAGAUCCUAAGAAAAAAAAUUAAGUCCCUGUAAAGUAAAGAUUAAUGUGUUGUAUAUUUGAUUCGCUACAGAAAAAGUGUUUGUUAACCCUGCCACAUUUGAAUGAUUCAAAAAAAUUCCGUCCUCCUCACGCCGCCGUGACCCGCGGCGCACUUACGGCCGGCAACGAGGCCCUGGAAAGCGGCCGCGACAGCCCGAAGCCCCGGUCCGCGCGCUGGCCGUCAUGUUGGACUUUUUUUUUUCUUUUUCGGUCCCCUGACAGGGAAAAGCCGAAAGUCACUUCUGCUUUUCCCUUCUCAUCAUGGCUGACAACAAGGCGCUCUAAAGCCGCCACACAAGCGGACUAUCUGAAGGGAAUAUGCUUUUUAGGGUGGCGGCAUACAAAGAUAACCUGCUAAUGUCGACGAAGGCGCUCAAGUUGUUAUAAAGUGUGUGGGGGGACCACGCCUGAGCGCAAUUGCGUCACUACGGCCUGCUUUAGCCACCCUCCCCAAAAAUCCGGAAAACUGAAAUGGUGAAAAACACAAUUACGUACUACACUUCUCAAAUGUAAGUACUUGUACUCUUACUUGGUCUGAAAAAUGUGCUAUCGGUACAUCCCUAGCCCUUACACCUGGAUCGACUUUAGACCUGGUCCAAAGUUAGACCAGAACUAACUUUAGAGCUGAUCUAACUUUAGACCAGGACCAACUUUAGACCUUCUAACAGUCGAAGACGAGACAAUAAAUUAGGUGUGUCUCUCUGAGACAUAUUUCAUAUUUUAAAAAUAAAAGCAUGAAAGAAUUUAUCAUAUAUUUGAUCCCUUUUUAAAAAUAUGUAUGAAUAUGAUGAUGAUUGUGUGUAUUACCUUAUCUCCAUAUGUUCGUGUUUUCCACAUCAAACAGUUAACCCUUGUGAAAAUGUAAUAAUAGUGUUUUAUUUAUGUAAUUUCAUUGCAUCAGAAGUUAUGCUAGUGACAUUUCCCAGCUUGCUAACCUUUGCUAGCGAACAUUUUUAGAAGCGCACAUGAACGCACGUUUUGUGAACGCUAAUGUAGCAACACAUUAACCUUUAGUUCAGUGAUGUCAUCGUGAUUGACGCGCAGCAAAUGUUAAUGCUAACACGCCAGUGCUAAGUGUUGUCUUUGCGUGAUGUCCUAUGCUGGAAGGAGGCGGAGCUAAUGUACAAACCCGCAAUUUUUUUUCUACUUCCUGUCUUGAAAAGUGUGCAAAGUGACUCAUGUUCAUGUCAAAAUACAAGUUUAUGAUGUAAAUAAUCAUGUUCAUGGUGAAAUAAAAGUUUAUGACUAUAGACAAUCA